CGGAAACCCUCGCUCGAUUCCCCACCCCACUCCCCACCCCGAAAUGAGUUCGCUAGAGGACGCCCUGGGGGACAGCGCCGUGGCGCCGACCAUGGCCUCGCGGGUCUCCGUCGCCCGCAUCGCCGUCGUCGAGCUCGAGGACGACGACGACGACACCGCCGCCUCCACCCCCGCACCCGCCCCACGCUCCCGCGCCUCCCGGGGCCUCCUCGACGCCUCCUCCUCCUCCCCGGCCUUCCCCAAGCGGCGGCUGCCGAUGUCCCCCAUCUUCAUCGACGACGACACCCCUCCCCCGCCGCCGAAGCGGCGGGAGCCCAGAUCCGCCGCGCCCGGGACCGGCACUCCCCCGUCGUUCGUCCCGUGCUCGCUCGCCCCCCGCCCCCGCGCCGUCGCUCCCCCCGGUUCUUUCUUCCCGAGCCCGUUCCGCGCCGCUGCUUUGCAGGUCCCUGGGCCGUCUGCCCCCGGAUCUGUCGACCUGGACAUUGUUGUCCUGGAGACGCCGGGCUACACCCCCGUGCGCCGGGUCGGGGCCUCCCCGGGGUUCGUCCCGUGCUCGCUCAGCCCCCGCUCCGGCGGCGAUGGUCCCCGCACGCCUGAUUCUGUUCUCCGGCGCAAUAUCGACUUCGAAGAUGCCGCUGAUCUGGAGAUCCCCGGGUCGGCUUCCCCCGGCUCUGCCGACCCCGACAUUGUUGUCCUGGAGACCCCGGGCUUCACCACCUCGCGCCCGGCCGGGCCUUCCAGCGUCCCAGUCGGGACUCCCCCGUCGUUCGUUCCGUGCUCACUCGCCCCCCAAUCCCGUGGCGCUGCUGUUCCUAAUGCGCCUGUUCUUCCGCGCUCGUUCGACUUUGAUGCUGCUGAUUUGGGGAUCCCUGGGCCGGCUUUCCCCGGAUCUGUCGCCCCCAAUGCCGACACACGUCUCUUCACCAACUCGCGCUUGGAUGUGGCAGGCCCCUCCACUUUUCGAGGACCUUCUUCCCCGAUAUCUUUGGAUAGUGAUGAUGAGCUGGAUGACUUUGGGUACAAAGAGCCAUCGGGAAAUUUGAUUUUACCCUGUGAAGAGUCCAUGCAGGAAGAGGAGAGAAACGACAACACAGAAGAAGGAAAGACAACGCAGGAAAAGAGGAGACUAAUAAAAGAAGGGAAAGCGAAAAUGGUUGAAGAAAAGAAACGACAGCGGGAGGAAAAUAAGCUCAUGAAAGAAGCUAUUAAAGCUCAAAAGGCAGAGCAGAAGAAAUACGCAAAAGAAAAAGACGAGUGGGAAUCAGGAAAACAUGCUUUAAAAUCUAUUGUGGCUGAGAUCGACUCAACAAUCAUUGAAACUGGUUCAGUUGGAGGUACCCUUCUAACAAGGUUUGCGGAGAAGGGACUUAAGUAUCGAGUUCAGGCUAAUCCAAUCAGGGGAUCGAUUUUGUGGAAGAUGGAGGUUCCUCAAAUUGGCCAGGACCCAGCUUCAGUGGCAGAAGUGCAGUAUAUUCUAUUUGUGCUUCAAGCUGAGGAAUUCUGCGAUCUUAUCAGCAGUGGGUUCUUCUGGGAUCAUGUUCGCCUUGUUCAAGAUCGCUAUCCAACAUUCACUGUUUGCUACGUCACUAAUAAAUUGAUGAACUACAUAAAUAAAUGCGAGCGGGCUCAGUAUAGGAAUGCACCCAAUUCUAAUAGCUGGAAACGCCCACCGGUGGAAGAGGUUUUAUGCAAAUUAGCAACACACCAUGUUAAAGUUCACUCAAGGCAAUGCGCAGAUGAAGCUGAAGUAGCCGAGCAUGUUGUUGGCUUGACAUCUAGUCUUGCAAAUUGCAAAUUCAGGAAACCACUGUCAUGGUUAUCUGUCCAUGCUAAUGGUGCAGUGAUCCCUAAAAAUUUCAUUGAUAAAGAUCUGGCUAAGAAAGAUACCUGGAUGAAGGCUCUAAUAGCUAUCCCUAAAGUCCAGCCAAGGUUUGCCCUGGCAAUCUGGAAGAAGUACAGUACCAUGAGAUCCCUUCUGAAAGUAUAUAUGGAUUCCACCAAAACUGUUCGCGAGAAGGAGCUUCUGCUGCAGGACCUGAUGUGCGAGGACCGCGUAGGCGAGGAAAGCCGAAGGCUGGGACCAGUAUGCUCUAGAAGGGUUUACAGGACUCUCAUGGCAGAAGAUGGAGCAGUGGAAGCGGAUGCUGCUGCCGAGUAACCCUAACGGUAGAUCGUGUGGUCCCCUCGGACCUGCCAAGCUAGUGCAUAUGUAUUGGGUGUUGCACCACCAAGCUAAAACUUAGAACUCCACGCAGCUAGUAUUGUAAUGAAGCCAUUACUUGCUGUGCUGCACGGUGGCGCUUAUCAUGUUCAGCGAGACUUGUACGAAAGCAGAACUAGAAGGAUCUUAUGCUUAGGGGAUUGACGUGUGGAAUGCUAUGCUAAUAUAUACUGUAUGUAUGUUUGUAAGAUGAGUCGUGUGUUGUGAA